AUGUCGAUGCUGGAUUCAAAGAGAGCCCAGGCGAGUAGUGGCAGUGGGAGUGGCAACCAUGCAGAGCAAACUCCAUCGUACGACGAUACACUCUCGGCAACCGUCUCCGAUGGCUUUCGCGACCAGACAGCACUCCCCGAUUUACCAGAAUUAGGCGCUGAAGAAGAGGUACCGCCCGCCUACAGCGAGGUCCACGAUCGUCUCUCCUUGCACCAGGCUGGCUUCGAUGCUGGUGCUACCGUUACGGACGACGGCCGUGUUGAUAUCAACCUCAACCAGACAAGCAGGCAGCUGGCCGAUAUUAUCGCCCCGACUUUACGUAGCCAACUCACACACGACGCCAGAAUCGCCGCCGAAGCACCGCUGCCUCCUGCCUAUAUCCCUCCUAGUCUCGGUGGUCUGCCAGGCCAAACGCCACCUCCGCGGCUGAACGUCGUCAUACAGAUUGUGGGAUCGCGAGGAGAUGUACAACCAUUCAUCUCCCUCGGUCAGAUACUCAAGAACACAUAUGGACAUCGGGUACGGAUUGCGACACAUGCAACAUUUCAAACCUUCGUCGAGGAGAAUGGCCUGGAAUUCUUCAGCAUCGGCGGUGAUCCCGCAGAGCUCAUGGCUUUCAUGGUCAAGAAUCCCGGCCUCAUGCCUGGUUUUGACGCAGUCAAGAGUGGCGAGAUCACCAAACGCCGAAAGGGGAUUGAAGAGAUCGUCUGGGGCUGUUGGAGAUCUUGCAUCGAGGCAGGCAAUGGCUUGGGUCCUGCACCACGUCUUGAGCGCAAACAGAAUAUGAAUCCACAAGACGCCGAGGCUAUGACCAUGGACCCAGCUCACAAACCAUUCGUCGCCGACGCCAUCAUUGCGAAUCCCCCCAGCUUUGCGCACAUACAUGUUGCUGAGAAGCUUGGUGUGCCCCUUCACCUCAUGUUCACCAUGCCGUGGUCGCCCACGAGAGCAUUCCCUCAGCCUUUGGCAAAUAUCCAGUCGUCAAAUACCGAUCCCGUCACCACAAACUACGUCUCAUACGCCUUGGUUGAGAUGAUGACUUGGCAAGGUCUGGGCGACGUCAUCAACCGCUUCCGUACCAAGGUGCUUGAUUUGGAACCGUUGUCGUUAUUGUGGGCGCCUGGAGUGCUGACUCGCUUGCGAAUACCUUACACCUAUUGCUGGUCGCCCGCGCUGAUCCCUAAACCAAAUGAUUGGGGAAAUCACAUUGAUAUAGCUGGAUUCUACUUCCUUAACUUGGCAUCCAACUAUACCCCUGAACCGGAACUUGCCGCUUUCCUCGAGGCUGGCCCGCCUCCCGUGUACAUCGGCUUUGGCUCGAUUGUUGUUGACGAUCCGAAUGGGCUUACAAGAAUGAUAUUCGAUGCCGUCGCAGAAACUGGAGUUCGGGCACUUGUAUCGAAGGGAUGGGGUGGUUUAGGCGCCGACUCGGUCGGAAUUCCGGAUGGAGUUUUCAUGCUUGGCAACUGUCCUCACGACUGGUUGUUCAAGCACGUUUCCGCAGUCUGCCAUCACGGAGGUGCAGGAACAACAGCAGCCGGCAUCCAGGCUGGAAAGCCCACCAUUGUGGUUCCGUUCUUUGGGGAUCAACCAUUCUGGGGUGCAAUGGUCGCCAAAGCAGGCGCUGGUCCUGAGCCGAUCCCUUACAAGAAGCUGACCGGGGAAGGACUUGCAGAAGCCAUUCGGACUGCGCUCAAACCUGAAACUCAAGAAAGAGCGAAGGAGCUCGGCGAAAAGAUCCGCGAAGAGAAGGGCUCUGAUGUUGGUGGACAGAGCUUUCAUCAACAUCUCGAUGUCGACAGCCUGCGCUGUUCAGUAGCUCCUAGUCGCGUUGCUGUCUGGCGUGUGCGAAGAUCCAAUUUCCGAUUAAGUGCUCUCGCAGCAGCCGCACUGGUUGAUGGCGGGUUUCUGCAAUACUCUGAUUUGAAGUUGUUCCGCUCGAGAGAAUACAGUACCGAGGAUGAGCCUUGGGAUCCAAUAUCAGCUGUCACGUCUGCUCUCGUGGGAGAUAUUGGCAGCAUUGGAAUGGCUAUUGCUGACUUUCCACGAGACGUGUUCAAGGCAGCAAAGGGCCGCCCGAAGCCCAAGGAGUCCUCUGACAACGUCGACAGUCCUUCCACUGAUACCGGAGCUCAGACACCAGGGGCGGCGGAACACGCCUCAACACAAGUCGUACCUGGCACGCCGGGUGCUGAAGCUGACCGACAACUGGUCUCUUCUCCGGAGCUGACACCAACCAACGAGAGCAGCCUGAGUUUGGCACAGUCAGUAUCUGCUGCCUCAGCAUUGUCCUCAACAUCUACUAGAUCAACGGGACAUCCUCCCCCGCCAAAGCGCGUACGGUCUGAAUCCUCUACCCCGCAGCGAGGGGGUGCAGCGAGCCCCAGUCUUAACGAUCAUCUAGAUCGAGCACUAGGAGCUGGGAAAAGCAUCAACAACGUCGUUACCACCGGCGUGAAAACCCCGAUGAACUUUUGCCUGGGGCUGGCCCGAGGAUUUCGGAAUGCGCCAAAAUUGUACAACGACGAUACUGUUCGCAGACCUGAGAAAGUCACGAGCUUUGAGACUGGACUGAAGGUCGCUGGCAAAGAAUUUGGUCUCGGCAUGUAUGAUGGUAUCUCGGGCUUAAUCACACAACCAUUGAAGGGUGCACAGAAGGAGGGUGGGCUCGGAUUCCUGAAGGGCAUUGGCAAAGGUAUUGGUGGUGUUAUGCUGAAGCCUGCUGCAGCUGUCUGGUCAAUACCCGCCUAUACAAUGGCUGGAGUGCAUGCAGAAAUUCGAACUCUGUUUGCUCAGAGUGCCCAAAAUUACAUUGUGGCAUCGCGCAUAGCGCAAGGUAAAGAGGACCUCAAAAGGUCAGCAAUGGAAGAGCGACAAGACAUUGAAGCGCGUUGGCUCGCUAGUCGUGACGAUGUGAAGGGUUUUUACUCAUGGAGACAGAAAGAGAAAGGCAAAGCGACAAGUGCUUCUCCAACUCGUCAACCAUCACCGGGACCUCAAGGAGCUUCAGCGGACUCUAUCCCUGCUCGGAAGGAAGCGCCAAAGACAGGAUGGCGCAACACCAGAAACAUGUCGUUCGAAGACAGAAAGCGUCUCCACGAAGACAAAUUGGCUUGGAGGCAAAGGCAGGCUGCAGUCGUUGCUGCGGCAGCGUCGGGCGCUCAUAUCAUAGAAGAUAUAUCCGCUUCUAGACCCGAGUCCAUGUAUGAGUCGGAGCCACGAGACCCAGAAUUUGAGCAGGCCAUCCAAGCUGCUGUUCGUGAGACGUCUAGUGGAGACCCCGAGGAAGAUGCCAGGAUUGAAUGGGCCAUCCGCUCGAGUGUUAUGGAACUGCGACGAAGAUCUACCGUUUCAAUCGCGUCGGGGAUUAGCAAUCACUCUACAGCGCCAUCUACUGUAUCUGGACCAACAUAUUCUUCCGCAGAGAAGACAUCCAACACGGACACAACAGUGUCUUCCCCUCACUAUGGCUACCCAUCAGAUCUCAAGCACCAGGUUCCAUUUUCGCCCGAGGACUUUGAGAAUAUAACGGACCAGGAGUACCAGGACCUGAUAGAACAAGCUGUGCAACUCAGCGUCGCAGAAGAUCAUCGCCACAAGAGCAUGCAAAACCUCCACGAAGAGACUGAAGAUGAUUCAAACUAUGAGCAAGCACUGCAGAAAUCCCAACAGGAGCAUGCGCCUCUACCACAUGACGACGAGGAGCUGCGCAAAGUCAUUGCAGCUUCGGAGGCAGAACACGCAGCUCGUCUACAACAAGGGCAUGAUGGUCAAAAUGACGAUGACAACGACGACGAGGAGCUUAGAAAGGCCAUUGAAGCCUCCCAGGCUGCGCAUGCGGAGCCAUCAUCUGACAAUGCCGACGAUGAAGAAGAGCUGAAGCGCGCAUUGGAAGCAUCCGAGAAGGCACAUCAAGAGGAGUUGGCCCGCGCCAAAGCUGACAGGACGGAAGAGGAUAUCGUCAUGGAAUAUGUGAAGAAGCAAAGUCUAGCGGAGGAGCAGUACCGACAGAAGGGGAAAGGAACAGAGGCUGUUCAAGACGAUGAUGAACUCCUUAGAAGGGCCAUCGAGGAGAGCAUGAAAGCAACUGGCAAAGUGGGUGAGAGCUCCGGAGCAGGUGCUCCACCUGAUCCCAAAACGCCUGGAGGCUCGAGCAUCAAGGAGUUACCUUGA